AUGCCCUGCAAGGCGCUCGCUGUCUGCCUCCUGGGGCUCUUGGCGCUCUCCUCCGCUUGCUACAUCCAGAACUGCCCCAUCGGGGGCAAACGCGCUGUCCUGGACAUGGAUAUCCGGAAGUGCCUGCCCUGCGGGCCCAGGAACCAGGGCCGCUGCUUCGGCCCCAACAUCUGCUGUGGGGAAGAGCUGGGCUGCUACCUGGGCACCUCGGAAACGCUGCGGUGCCAGGAGGAAACCUUCCUGCCCACCCCGUGCGAGGCAGGACACAAGCCCUGCGGCAGCGGAGGGAGCUGUGCGGCACCCGGCAUCUGCUGCGGCACUGAGGGCUGCCUGCUUGACUCAUCCUGCGACCAAGAGACGCUGUUUGCAUAG